AUGUGGUCUUGCUUUAAUAAAGCGUGGUCUUGCUUUAAUAAAACAUGUCCUUGUUGCUAUCGUUACCGUGGCAAUUCAAUGCAACCGUUUGGCAAUUUAUAUUAUGAUGACGAAGACAAUGUAGAGUUCGAGAACCUGCUGAUUUAUCAGGAUCGCUCGUCGUUAGCGAAUUUAUUAUCGGGUACACCAUUUUCACGUUCAAAUCACCCACCAGCAUAUGGGAGGGUAAACAUGGUUUUACCAAAUGAAGAUGCUUUAUUAGAUGACGACGGUGAAAAUUUACAAACUCAGGACGCACAAUUUCUGCCUGACGAGCAAAUUGAUAAAUUUUCUGAACGGGUCACUCGAAGCAAUCCUGUAACUGAUGCACAAUUAGCGGCGGAAGAAGAAGAAGUUCGUCGUCAAGAAGAGGAAGAAAUUAGAAGAAAACGUCAAGCUGCUACACAAGCAGCUCUUGCUAAAGGCUUAAUAACACCAGAACAAGCCUCUGCUAAUAAGGCCACACCUCAGAACAAAGAUUCACAAAUUUCCUCUUUAAAUAAACCACGUAACCCACAUGAACGUCUCUUUGUACCAGAUGUAAAUAUGGAAGAUUAUGAUGACGUAACAGAUUUUGAAUAUUU